GACGGACGGAGUGUGUUCGCCCUCAGCGCGCCUCGGUCGGCUGCUGUGCGCUCUCUCUCUCUCUCUCUCUCUCUCUGUGCGGUCCGUCUUCCUCCCCGUCUCUGUGAGCGUGUGUCACCCCAGCUCCUCUCCUCGCCGGUGCAGACUGGGGGUCGAGGUGGAGGCAUGUAGCACCGGAUUCACCGGAUUCACGGCGCCGAGCAGCAUGUAGCACCUGGAGCGCCGCGCACAUCGCCGCCCUCCUGCGCUCCUCCUCCGUCUUCUCUCCCUCCUGGAGCGCUCGGCUCUGCUUUCCUGAAAGCAUCGCCUGCACAAGCAUUUCCGGGGAUUUUUUUUUUGGGGGGUGGGUGGGGGGAUUUAUUUAUUUUAGAGGAGUGUGAGUGUGUGUUUAUCCCCGCCGCUCUGCACCUCUCGGUCGAUGGUCGUUGAGGAAGCUUCCAUCUUGAGUCCCGUAUCUACCGAGAGAACCAUGGCGAGCGACUCCCCUGCGCGGAGUCUGGACGAGAUAGACCUGUCUGCACUACGGGACCCAGCUGGUAUCUUUGAGCUGGUUGAACUGGUAGGAAAUGGAACCUAUGGGCAGGUCUACAAGGGUCGCCAUGUCAAAACAGGCCAGCUCGCUGCCAUCAAGGUCAUGGACGUCACAGGAGAUGAGGAGGAGGAGAUUAAAGCAGAGAUCAACAUGCUGAAGAAGUACAGCCACCACAGGAACAUCGCAACCUACUAUGGAGCCUUCAUCAAGAAGAACCCUCCUGGGAUGGACGACCAGCUGUGGCUGGUGAUGGAGUUCUGCGGGGCCGGCUCGGUGACAGAUCUGAUCAAAAACACCAAAGGGAACUCUCUGAAGGAGGAAUGGAUCGCCUACAUCUGCAGAGAGAUCCUCAGGGGUCUGACUCAUCUGCACCAGCACAAGGUCAUUCACAGGGACAUCAAAGGCCAGAACGUGCUGCUGACGGAGAACGCAGAGGUUAAACUGGUGGACUUCGGUGUGAGCGCUCAGUUGGAUCGUACGGUGGGACGGAGGAACACGUUCAUCGGGACGCCAUAUUGGAUGGCCCCGGAAGUCAUCGCCUGUGACGAGAACCCUGACGCCACAUAUGAUUUCAAGAGUGAUCUGUGGUCGCUCGGUAUCACAGCCAUAGAGAUGGCAGAGGGAGCGCCACCUCUGUGUGACAUGCAUCCAAUGCGAGCGCUCUUCCUCAUCCCCAGAAAUCCUGCCCCCAGACUCAAGUCUAAGAAGUGGUCAAAGAAGUUCCAGUCUUUCAUAGAGAGCUGCCUGGUGAAGAGCCACAGCCAGCGGCCGAGCACCGAGCAGCUGCUCAAACACCCGUUCAUCAGGGACCUUCCCAACGAGCGGCAGGUCCGCAUCCAGCUGAAGGACCACAUCGACCGCACCAAGAAGAGGAGGGGGGAGAGGGAUGAGACUGAGUACGAGUACAGUGGGAGUGAGGAAGAGGACGAAGAAAGGGACAUUGGAGAGCCCAGCUCCAUCAUCAACAUUCCUGGGGAGUCCACUCUGAGGCGGGACUUCCUGCGUCUCCAGCUGGCCAACAAAGAGCGCUCGGAGCUGAUCCGGCGUCAGCAGCUGGAGCAGCAACAGAACGAGGAGCACAAGCGCCAACUGCUGGCUGAGAGGCAGAAACGUAUCGAGGAGCAGAAAGAGCAGCGGCGGCGGCUGGAGGAGCAACAGCGCCGGGAGCGAGAGCUGAGGAAACAGCAGGAGCGAGAGCAGAGGAGGAGGUACGAAGAGAUGGAGCAGCUCCGUCGAGAGGAGGAGAGGAGGCACGCGGAGAGGGAACAGGAGUACAAGAGGAAGCAGAUCGAGGAGCAGCGGCAGGCCGAGCGGCUGCAGAGGCAGCUGCAGCAGGAGCGAGCGUACCUGGUGUCGCUGCAGCAGCAGCAGCAGGAGCCGCCGCGACCUCCGCAGGACAAGAAACAGCUGUACCACUACAAAGACCAGGCGCCCGGCAGCAACGACAAGCCCGCCUGGGCCAAAGAGGUGAUGCGUCGAGCUCAGAGCAACUCGCCUCGCGUCCCUCCCAAGAAAUACCACUCCUUCAAGGAGACGCGAGACAUCAACCUCGACAACCUCCUCUUACUGCCCGGUUACAAACCUCGCUCCCGCCCCCCCUCUUACCCCGCCCACGUCAGCCCCUCCAGGGAUCACCCGCAUGUGCCUCGAAUCCGUGUCACCUGUGUCCCAGAGUGCGCCCCUGACUCCUCCCAUCCUGUGAUGCGCCGGCGGAGCCCCGACUCCAGGGACCAGAUCCCAGACUCCAGGGGCCGGAGCCCAGGCCGCCGGGUGGAGGAGCAUUAUAAGAUGAACAGACAGACUUCUCCUGCAUUGCAGCAUAAAGUCUCCAACCGGAUCUCGGACCCGUCGCUGCCGCCCCGCUCCGAGUCCUUCAGCAGCGGAGGCAUCCAGCAGGCCCGGACCCCGCCCAUGCACCGCUCCGUCGAACCACAGAUGGCCCACCUGGUGCAGGUGAAGAGUCACGGCCUGUCAGGCUCCCAGUCUCUGUAUGACCCCCACGGCGUGUCCUCCUCCUCGGCGUCGCCCUCCCCCUCCCGGCCUCCCAUGCCCCGGCAGAACUCCGACCCCACCUCCGACACCCCUCCUCCCCCGCCCCUCUCCCGCCUGGCGCCCCCCCUCGACAAGCUGGACCGCAGCUCCUGGCUGCGGCAGGAUGACGACAUGCCCCCCAAGGUUCCUCAGAGGACGACCUCCAUCUCUCCUGCUUUGGUCAGGAAGAACUCUCCAGGAAAUGGACCUGGCCUCGGUCCUCGGGCCGGAGCUCACCUCAUACGGGCCAGCAACCCCGACCUGCGGAGGAUCGACGUUUCCAUGGAGACGCCCCUAAAGAGGACGAGCAGCGGCAGCUCCUCCAGCUCCAGCACCCCGAGCUCCCAGGGAGGCUCCAACGAGCGAGGUAAUUCAGCCACUAAGACUGAAGGCUCCACACUUUCUUCCCACGACACCAAAGACGACAGCAGAGAGGUGACCCGACCCAGCAGGCCUGCAGACCUGACGGCUCUGGCCAAAGAGCUGAGAGAGCUGCGACAGGGGGAGGAAACCAGCCGUCCGCCUGUCAAAGUGACCGACUACUCUUCGUCCAGCGAGGAGUCUCACAGCAGCGAGGAUGAGGAGGGGGAGGGCGGGGCUAAUGACGGAACAGUGGCUGUCAGCGACAUACCGCGCAUCAUGCCUGCAGCAAGUCAAGGUGCAAACGAGUCCUUUGGCGUGAUGGGAGGUCAUAACGACGCCCAUGGCGACUCGUACGGAAACAGCUCCCAGGACAGCACCCUGAUGAUGCGUGAGUACGGGAUGGGAAGCGGCGCAGGCUCCAAGGCUUCCUUCACACCGUUCGUUGAUCCGAGGGUCUACGGGACAUCCCCGACCGAUGACGAUGAUAAUAACUCUGCUUCAGCGCUGUUUGCCGAUGAGCUGCUGAGGCAGGAGCAGGAGCAGGCGAGGCUCAACGAGGCCAGAAAGAUUUCUGUGGUCAAUGUGAACCCCACCAACAUCAGACCGCACAGCGACACGCCUGAGAUCCGCAAAUACAAGAAACGCUUCAACUCUGAGAUCCUCUGUGCGGCACUGUGGGGAGUGAACCUGCUGGUGGGGACGGAGAACGGCCUGAUGCUGCUGGAUCGAAGUGGUCAGGGCAAAGUUUACAACCUGAUCAACCGACGGCGCUUCCAACAGAUGGACGUCCUGGAGGGACUCAACGUCCUGGUCACCAUCUCAGGGAAGAAGAACAAGCUGCGUGUUUACUACCUGUCCUGGCUGAGGAACAGGAUAUUACACAACGACCCUGAAGUGGAAAAGAAACAGGGCUGGAUCACUGUUGGAGACCUGGAGGGCUGCGUGCACUACAAAGUCGUGAAGUAUGAGAGGAUUAAAUUCUUGGUGAUCGCCCUGAAGAACUCGGUGGAGAUCUACGCCUGGGCACCGAAACCAUACCACAAGUUUAUGGCCUUCAAGUCGUUCACUGACCUGCAGCAUCGCCCCCUGCUGGUUGACCUGACUGUGGAGGAGGGACAGAGGUUAAAAGUCAUCUACGGCUCCAGUGUGGGCUUCCAUGUCAUCGAUGUGGACUCUGGCAACCCUUAUGACAUCUACAUCCCUUCACAUAUUCAGGGUCAGGUGACCCCGCACGCCAUUGUGGUUCUGCCCAAGACGGAUGGCAUGGAGAUGCUGCUGUGCUACGAGGACGAGGGCGUCUACGUCAACACCUACGGACGCAUCACCAAAGACGUGGUGCUGCAGUGGGGCGAGAUGCCCACCUCCGUCGCCUACAUCCACUCCAACCAGAUCAUGGGCUGGGGAGAGAAGGCCAUUGAGAUCCGCUCCGUGGAGACGGGACACCUCGACGGAGUUUUCAUGCACAAGCGAGCUCAGCGACUGAAGUUCCUGUCGGAGAGGAACGACAAGGUUUUCUUUGCCUCGGUGCGUUCUGGAGGCAGCAGCCAAGUCUUCUUCAUGACCCUCAACAGAAGCUCCAUGAUGAACUGGUAACCUUUCUCCUGCGGCCGACAACCCUCCUCCUCCUCCUCUUCACUCUGAAUAUCUCCCGCCACCAGAAGACAGGGCUGGAGAGACGACAGGAGGACAACUUGUGUGUGUGUGUGUGUGUGUGUGUGUGUGUGUGUGUGUGUGUGUGUGUAUAUAUAUAAAUGUGUGUGGCUGUUUGUGGAGGAUAAACAACAAGCUGCUGAACAGACGACUGAACAACUCCAGGAAGAGUUAAACCACAGGAGUGUGCCCCCCUCAUAUAGAUACCCCCCACCUGUAGGGGGCACUGCAGGCCUCGUGGAUGGUGUCACUGCCUGCUGAGUAAAGUUAACUCCUCGUACUGUCAGUGGACAAAGCCUUCACCUUCCCUGUGGACUGUUCGAUUGGAAUGAUGGUUGUUCUUGAGACUUUAAAGGACACUGACAUCAUGCCGAGUAGCCUUUGACUUUCCCAUUGGAUUGAAUGGGAAGCUAUGGAGAAGUUCUUUGUGUAGCACAUCAUUGAUUUUCUUACAGGGUGUUCACACUGCGAGUACGUUGGUAGAUUUGUCGCUCUACUCUGCUUCGUAGUGGUGAUGCAGGUGUUGUGACUGCGUUUCCUUCAGCCAGUUAGACACCUUGUACUGCGCUGUGUUGUUGUAGUGAGUCAACAUUAGCUGGAUGUUAAGGAAGCACCACCCAGAGGAAGAAAUCAGGAGACUAUCAUCAACUUAAGUCUCUCAAAGGAAAAGUCACUUAGUGCUGAAUGAAAAUUACUUUGCAGGCAACUCAGAGUAGAUCCACACUAAGCCGGCUGAAGUAUUUCCCUCCCGUUUGGCCUUGUCUCCACACCAGUUUUUGUCUCAAGUGGAUAAAUCAAUAAACUCUAACAAAUUGUUGUACUGUGCAGGAAACAGCAGCAACUCGAUGUUGGCUGUGAUGCACGGUGAAGUUUCCUCUUCAGUGUGUGAUCUCGGCUGUUUCAGACAAUCGUGAGACAAAUGUGGGGAAAUCUAAGUCCUAGAUGUCACUGUGACACAUUCGCUAACAGCUGAGUUAGAGCUUUGCUGGCCAAAGGUCUGGCAUCAAAAAUCUGACAGUGUCAGAAACCAAAGUCGAAUACAAUGACUAUACAACUGCUGCUAUGACCCGUGUUUGAAAAGCAGCCAAUCUACAUGUGGAAUGAAAUGAGACAAAACACAGUGGUGAUCCCACCGAACGUUAAAACAUUUUUCUGACCAGCACUGUGGCCACACCGUGUUUAUUUAUGCACUGGAGCAGUGCAGAUGGAUGAUGUGAGCUCAUGACCUGUGUCUGGUCUCAUCAGUUUUUGUUUUUUCUUUUCUGAUUCACCAGACGUUCACUGCUCCAUCGCCUGAGAAAUGACAUCAUACAGUCUGACACAGGUUAUGACCGAGAAUCUCAUCACAGUUAAUCUAAAUAAGACUGUCCUCGCACAGUGUCAAGACACCUUAGUAAGAGAUGUUUUUAUUCAGGUGUGUGAGUGUGAGCAGAGAUCUUUACACAACAUGAUUCCACAGUGACCUGGCUUAGUGUGGAGAAACUGUGAACCAGCCGGUGACUACUCUGAACCAAAAGCCAAAUGUUGAACUCAGAUUAUGACAUUUCCCGCUGUUGUUAUCAUCUGAACCACAUCUCACAGUGAUGACCGGUCGAUUGAAUCUCAAUGCAUGUUUCCUGGACUAACAUCUUGUAGCAAAAAUUAAAGAUGGCUUCUUUGCGCUGUCAGAUAUUUUCAUUAUGAAGCAAAAACACAUCAGAGGGAGCAGAGGUGCACCGACCUUGAAAAGUUCAGCUGUGGCCGACACGCUAGCCGUUUCCCUGAUCUCUGUUCUCUGUGGGAAAUGAAUGGACCUGCUGUGACUUGAUGGCGGUGUUGCUCACAGUGUGAACACUCAUUUCGAGCGCUGCUGCUGCUGAAACACCUUCUAUGUCUCUUCGUCAAUAGGAGAGAAAAAUUCUACAAACAAGCAGUUAGUGUGACCAGGAGAAUGAGACCUUUUACACUUGUCGUUGUGGAUGCUGCACAGUCGCUUUCAGCUACGGUGUCCUGGUAUGUUUUUUGGCAGGGGAAGGAAGGUUGUAGAUAUUGUAUUAUUGCUGCAACAGCAACACAAUAAUAAAAUCUCCACAGAAUUUCUCACAAGAAAAACUUGGCCGUAGAGUAGUUGCCACCUUCUGGAAGUUUUUAGUUUUUCUGCCCUUUGUUCUCUCCACCUUUUCCUGUUCUGUGUGCACUGCACUUGUGUAAAUACUCACUUUAAUGUUAAGGACAGACUUUGCAAAACAAGUGAGAACAUUGAAGAAAAAAGUAUCGGUCUUGCUUUUUUUGCCAUACCUCUGUAAAUCUGUCCGUUCUGUAGUUUCUGUCAGAUGGGAAGUUUUUCUGAGCGAGCCGAGCGAGGACUUACACAAACGUUUGAUUUGGGUUUGAUUAACGCUCCGAGUUCACUCUUUUACUCUGUAGUUCAUCACUGUUUAUUUAGUUGUGCAUUUUGCAUGGUGACAUACGUACAUGUUUUUCCUGUCGUCACUUGUUAUGAGUUGUAAGUUUAAGGCAAUACACUGGCAGGAGCUGGACAGUGAGACACAAACUUUCUACACGAGCCCUAAAGCAUUUUUCUCACAACACUGAGCUGGUAAUCGAAAAUUUUGAAAUUAUCAAUUUCACUUCAGCUUCAGAUAAGUCGAGAUUUACACUGGAUAACUUCACAUUUUCCAUUAAAUUUGAAUUUUAGGCCUUUAUUUUUUUGGUGCUCAUACCCACGGCAGCUCAUGCAGAGCGAGCAGGGCAGGGCUCAGUGUCACUUUGGGUGCCAUUUUCUAGUUUUGGGGCUUGACCCUUUGGUGAUGCUCAAAGAUUGUGAUCAGGCUACAAGAGAGGAAAGUGGUUCAUCUUUUACUUGAUAUUCUUUAACUGUUCAUUGAUCUCAAAGGAUGCGAUAGGUGUAAGCGAUGCCGCUUCAAGGCCAGCUGAAGCCUUUUGCAUGUGCAGGAUGUUAACGUUAAUCAACACCCUGUGAAUAAAGGUCAGGAGGCAGGGUCAGUUUGAGAAACCAUAGAUAAAAACAUAUAUAUAUAUAAAACGUAUAUAUAUAUAUAUAUAUAUAUAUAUAUAUACACUGUAAGAAUUUUCGUUAUAUCUUACUGAUCAUUUUAGAGAAAGACAAAAAAAAUCAUGUUCACUUAUUAAAACCUAGUUGUCUUUCUACAGAAUAGAGAACAUAGCUAUAAGAAUUUCUAAAAAAAAAUACGAUGUUUUUAUUGUGGUAUUAUUUGUAUUUGUAUUUCAAUUUUUGUACGUAUCAAGACUGUGAACGUAUGUACGGCUGUCAGCCUGUGAGCGUGUGUGUGUGUGUUUGAGUGUGUAGGUGAGCAAGUGUGAGCACAGGUGUGUGACAUGCAUGUGAGUGUAUGUUUUCACCUCGUCUGAAUCACUGGAAUCAGUCAAAAGACAACCUCAAUCUGGUAACACACAUCUGUGAUGUUAGAAAUUGUACAAUAAAUGUCCUCUCCUUGUACAGCAACAA